UAAAGGAUCCGCCUUUUCCGUUCACGUGACUGGUUGUGUCGUUUGUGGCCGCGCUUCUUGUUCAUUUGGCGGGUCUGUCUAGAUCAGACUGCUGUCCUUUAGCUCAGCGAAUUCACACUCAUUUAGCAUAUUAUAUUAAAAAUGUCUCACAGGUACAGAGCCACGCGCAGCGACGCUCACGAUAGUGACUUUAAACACAGGAGUAGUGGCCCGUCUCGGUGGUCCCACUGCCGGAAGAGAGGAAUAGAUGGAAAUCUGAGGAGCCACAGUGACGAGGACGGUGAUGAUGGGCACUCUGACAGCAGGAAUUCCAGUUUCACCACCCCAGAGAGCGCAGCGCCCGUGUCUCGAUGUGGUCGGCAGUCUGACUGGGGGAGCCAGGUGGAGGACGAAGAGAUGAGGCGAGAUGUUCACAGAGAUAUGCAACGAUACAGGAGGAGGAUACUAGGUUCAGAGGUCAAUCAGAGGGAGAGAAAAACUUCAUCUGGCUCCUCUGGCAGCUGUGACUCCAGAGAGGGUGAAAACAUGGAGACUGACGAAGCUGUGUUGAUGCGAAGACAAAAGCAGAUCAGCUACGGCAAGAACACCCUGGCCUAUGACCGUUACAUCAAGGAGGUGCCAAAGCACAUGCGGCAGCCGGGUGUUCACCCAAAGACUCCCAACAAGUUCAGGAAGUACAGUCGACGUUCCUGGGAUCAGCAGAUCAAACUAUGGAGAGUUAAGCUGCAUGCCUGGGACCCCCCUGCAGGCUGCAGCCAGGAACACGCCCUCAGUGACAAUAUAGAGGAGCUGGACCUUGAUGAUAUUGUGGACAUUGAGUUGGACUUUCCUGCCUUGGCUGAUUCCCAGAACACACCGUCUUCCCUGCUGGUCCACAGCUCUACAGCCGAGAAUGAAGACUGUUCAGCUACUCCAGUUAAAGUCAAGAAGACAGAGGAUCCUGACGUGGCCUAGGGCCUCUGAUGACAACAUGCGCAAGGAUUUCACCUUACACUGACGUCUCUCAAAGUUAACAUGGACAGUGUCUGUGACUGCUUCGCAAGUUGGGGAUGCUUUUGGUUUUCUUGUUUAAAGUUUGCUUGUUCCUGGUCUGUAGGCUGAAAUUUCUUACAGAUUCAUCUGCUCAGGGAGUCUUAUUUACAGGAUUUUAUACCUCCUGUCUUAACCAAGUUGGACUCAUUUCAAUGAAUCAAAUAUUGGGAAAUUAAUGUCUCUGAUGCAUGUUGCUGUUGGAAGAUUCCAUUUCAGUGAGGAAAAAUAGUUUUGUCUUAAAUAAGCCCUUUUGGGAUGGGAGGAGGGUGGAAAAUUGAAGCACCGAAAUGUUUUAAGUCAAUUGUUGAAUUUUUUUAUA